AUUGUGAAAAUCCCCGUGCAGCCUGACUUUGUUGACCCUGGAAGUAGUUUGUCAGAGGCGUCUCUUUCCUUCUGUUUUCACCUUGUUUGGUCCUUUUCCGUUAGUAUGGAGACGUACACUUUACCAUAAGCACAGCGCCCCCUACGUGUGACACAUCACCCCAACUGCAGCUCCACCAUGAUCACAAAAUCAUGCGUGUCCCUGCUCCAGCUCUCCAGGAUGGGGUUCAGGCUUUGUGCCCGUGCCCCCCGCUCUUGCAGUGCCGGGGUCUUAACCUCCUCCACUCGUCCCCCUCAUAUCUCACCCCUCUGGCCUGUACCCUGCGGUCACUCUUACUCCACUCAAGUCAAGGUGCGCUCCUAUCUUCAGUACAUGAAACACAAGAUCAAACCCCCUCCCAGUCCUCCGUACUGUCAUGUAUGCCAGGUGGGGGACCCAGUGCUGCGUUCACAGGCAGCCGCUGUUGACCCUGCAGCUAUAACAGGCCCCGAGGUCCAAAAGGUCAUCGACAAUAUGGUGAAAGUGAUGCGGAAAUUUGAGUGCGUGGGAAUGAGCGCGCCUCAGGUCGGGGUGCCGCUCCGUAUCCUGGCUCUGGAAUAUCCCCAGAAGAUGUUGGAAGAGAGUUCCCCUGCGGCGAGGGAGGUCCGCGGUCUUUCCGUCCAGCCUUUGAGGAUCUUUGUCAACCCGCGGCUGAGAGUCCUGGAUGGACGGACUGUGCUUUUCCAAGAGGCCUGCGAGAGCAUCACGGGAUUCUCUGCCACAGUUCCACGCUACCUGUCUGUGGAAGUGUCAGGUCUAAACGAGAAGGGCGAAGCAGUCACGUGGCAAGCCAGCGGUUGGCCAGCUCGUAUCCUCCAGCACGAGAUGGACCACCUGGACGGGGUCCUCUAUAUCGACCGCAUGGACAGCAAGACCUUCAUCAACAUCAAGUGGCCGUCUUACAACGAAUAGAAGAUCGUCGGGAUGGGCCGAAGGCUUUUACAUUUGCUUUGGACACGUAAAAAUCUUUGGGAGUUUGGUUUCUGAAUCUGAAUUUGUGGAAUUUGUGAUGGGUAAUAACCCCAAAUACAAGCAAAGUGAAUCACCAACGAGUCUGCUCUACUUCGGAAAGGGUGUUAUCACUUUUUGUUCAACUCCUGUAAAAACAUUUAAACGUAAAUUAUCUUGAAAAUUGUCACUAGUUUUGAAAAAAUUGAUAAAUCCACGUGAACUGAAUGAAGUUUGGACUCGAGACGUGUCUGGGACUUGAGCAGACACGACCGGCUCGUCCCCCCUCGUUUGCACUCUGGGUUCAUGUUUCUACAUGUCAAGCUCUUGAACUUUCACGUCCCGUGACCAAUGUUUGUUUGUGUUAUUAAAAUAUGAAUCAUAA